CCUGCGUCCCUUCGCGUCGCGUGACGUCACCGCGGACGGCGCGUGAUGGCGGAUGUCAGUGAAAUCGACACGAUGAAACAUUUACACGGAGGUUUCGAGAAAAUCGACAAAGAAAUGAGCCGUUAUCCGUACUGUAUCGUGUGGACACCGAUCCCGGUGCUGACGUGGUUUCUGCCAUUUAUUGGGCACAUGGGCAUCUGUACCUCCACAGGGGUCAUCAGAGAUUUUGCAGGGCCUUACUUUGUAUCUGAGGACAACAUGGCUUUUGGAAAACCAACAAAAUACUGGAGGCUUGAUAAGAGUCGAGUAAACACCGGUGGAAUUAAUGGCUGGGAUGUAGCUGUGCAUGAAGCAUCUGAAGAAUACAAAUCCAGAAUGCACAAUCUGUGUUGUGAUAACUGUCACUCUCAUGUAGCCAUGGCUCUGAACCUCAUGCGUUAUAAUAACAGCUCAUCAUGGAACAUGGUCAAUCUCUGUUUACUGUCCUUCAUUCACAGUAAACAUGUCAGCUUUUUAGGGUUUCUGAAGACCUGGCUGCCAUUCCUGAUGAUCUGCGGGGUCAUAAUCACGAUCGCUCUCGCUCUCAACCUGCGAUGAUUCAGACCAGCUGACUGGAGCAUCAGACGUGGACAAAACCAUUGGACGGCCAUACAAACAUCUCAGGAUCAGAGAAAGCCACGGCUAAUGAAACCAAUCCAGUCUGUUGCUGAAGCUGAACUUUUAUUGAUGCGUCUGUAUGCCUGUACUACAUUUAUAGCGCAGACGGCUUCCGUCAGCAGAUUCAAAGGAGACUUGCAUCUCGUGACAUCAACACAUGAAGACUAUCGGUACCGUGGUAUAUAAAUGAAUUACAGGGAUUUUCCAUCAUUGGUUAGAUAAGCUUUUGAUGUACAGAAGUUUUGCAUUUGUAAUGUAGUCAUAUCAUACGCAUUCUGGAUAUCUCCUCAAAACUGAGACUUUAUAAUCGGUGAAAUAUAGCGAAUGAAGAUCUAAACUUAUAACAGUUACAGUAACUAAACUGUGUAUCACAUUGUUGAGAAACAUAUUUGUCAAAUGCUCAAAGACACAAACUGAUUUGCUUUUUUACAGUCUGUAUGUACAUCUGGUUCAUUUAAAUGUAUUCAUAUUCAUUUAUAUUAUAUGACCAAAUAGAAAUAUAUAUCUAUAA